AUGGCAUUGUUAGCAAAGGAGAAAAACUUCAACAUUUUACAAAGGGUGAAUGCAGAACCAAUUUCUGUCUUGGACUAUGUAAAUGAUAUCGUUAAAAACAAAGAAAAAGAAAGGAAGAAAAAAAAAGAGAAUUUAAAUGAUUGGGGGAAUAUGAAAAAGCAGGAAAAAACGGAUGAAUUAAAGUUGCAGUGGAAACUGAUACAGCAUGAAAAUUUAGCAGAAAAGGGUGAAUAUCAUAAAGUUAAAAAGGAUGAAAAAAUGCCAAAUUUUUUUCAAGUAGCUACAUUAGUUAAUGGAAAUGAUAAGAUAAAGGUUGGAGCUGGAAAAGAGUCGCAGUCCUUACAUACGUCCAAUAGGAGAAAGAAAAAAUGCUUGUCCACUUUGCAAUUAUUGGAAAAGAACAAAAGUAUGAAAGAUUGGUGCAUAAAGAGGUAUACGAAAAUUCAGAAGGAGAAAAAUAUUGGAGGAAAAUCUUUCGUUCGAAAACAGCGAAGGCAGCUUUUAAAAAUGAUGAAAUCGUAA